AUGCUGAGGAAGGAGCAGGCCGGGACUGAAGGAAAGAAAUAUAAAGAAAAGGACAAACACAAACAAAAACACAAGAAGCAACCAGAACCAUCUCCUGCCUUGAUUCCUUCUUUGACUGUUACUACAGAAAAAACUUAUACAAGUACUAGCAACAACUCCAUAUCUGGAUCAUUGAAGUGCUUGGAAGACACUGCAUCCAGAUUUACAAAUGCAAAUUUCCAGGAAGUCUCUGCCCACACCUCCAGUGGAAAAGAUGUUUCAGAGGCUAGAGGGUCAGAGGGCAAAGGGAAGAAAUCUUCAGCUCACAGCUCAGGUCAAAGGGGAAGGAAGCCUGGUGGUGGAAGAAAUCCAGGAACAACUGUCUCAGCAUCUAGCCCCUUUCCACAAGGCGGUUUUUCAGGAACUCCAGGCAGUGUAAAGUCAUCUUCUGGAAGUUCGGCGCAGUCUCCCCAGGACUUCUUAAGCUUCACAGACUCAGAUAUGCGAAAUGACAGUUAUACUCACACCCAGCAGUCAUCAUCAACCAAAGAUGUACGUAAAGGAGAGUCUGGAAGCCAGGAAGCGGGAGUAAACAGUCUUAGCUCUUUAGUUGGUCACCCUGUGACCUCAAACGUUAUUUCACAGCCUAAAAGCUUUGACAAUUCACCUGGAGAGUUGGGUAGUUCCAGCCUCCCUACAGCAGGAUAUAAGCGGGCUCAGACUUCUGGUAUAGAAGAAGAAGCUGUAAAGGAAAAGAAACGAAAAGGAAAUAAACAAAGCAAGCAUGGCCCUGGCCGACCCAAAGGAAACAAAAAUCAAGAAAAUGUUUCUCACCUCUCGGUUUCUUCUGCUUCACCAACAUCGUCUGUAGCAUCAGCUGCAGGAAGUGUGACAAGCUCUAGUCUUCAGAAAUCUCCUACACUGCUCAGAAACGGAAGCUUGCAGAGUCUCAGUGUAGGCUCCUCUACAGUUGGUUCAGAAAUUUCCAUGCAGUAUCAACAUGAUGGAGCUUGUCCAACAACUACCUUCUCAGAGUUGCUGAAUGCAAUACACAAUGGUAUUUAUAACAGCAAUGAUGUAGCCGUAUCCUUCCCAAACGUGGUGUCUGGCUCAGGAUCUAGUACACCUGUCUCUAGCUCUCAUAUACCUCAGCAGUCAUCUGGGCAUUUGCAACAGGUGGGAGCUCUCUCCCCCUCAGCUGCGUCGUCUGUAACCCCUGCUGCUGCUACAACUCAGGCAAAUACCGCUUCUGGAUCUUCUCUUAGUCAGGCACCAGCCCAUAUGUAUGGCAGUAGAUUAAAUCAAAAUCCAUCCAUGGCAGUUCUCAUGGCUCAGUCUGAAAGCAGCCAGACAGAUCAAGAUCUUGGAGACAAUACCCAAAGCCUGGUUGGUCGAGGAAGCUCACCCGGAGGAAGCCUCUCUCCAAGAUCCCCUGUGAGUAACUUACAGAUUCGAUAUGAUCAACCAAGCAAUAGUAGUUUGGAAAAUGUGCCUCCAGUAGCAGCAAGUAUUGAACAACUCUUGGAGAGGCAGUGGAGUGAAGGACAACAGUUUUUAUUAGAACAGGGUACUCCUAGUGACAUUUUAGGAAUGUUAAAGUCAUUACAUCAACUUCAAGUUGAAAAUCGAAGAUUAGAAGAACAGAUUAAAAACUUGACUGCCAAAAAAGAACGUCUUCAGUUGUUGAACGCGCACCUUUCAGUGCCUUUCCCAGCAAUAACAACAAAUCCCAGUCCAUGUCAUCAGACCCACAUGUACACAGCACAGACUGCUCCUACUACUGAGUCAUUGAACAGCAGUAAGAGCCCACAUAUAGGAAGCAGCUUUUUACCUGACAACUCUCUUCCUGUAUUAAAUCAGGACUUGACCUCCAGUGGACAAAGCACCAGCAGUUCUUCUGCCCUUUCUACUCCCCCUCCUGCUGGGCAGAGCCUUGCUCAGCAAGGCUCUGGAGUCAGUGGGGUUCAGCAAGUCAAUGGCGUGACAGUGGGGGCGUUAGCUAGUAGAAUGCAGACGGUCACGUCCACCAUUCCUGCUGUGUCCGCAGUGGGUGGAAUAAUUGGAGCUUUGCCAGGUAACCAACUGGCAAUUAAAGAAGCUUUAAACGGUGUUAUUCAGACUCCGGUCACAAUCUCUCAGAACCCUGCCCCCCUUACCCACACCAGUGUACCACCUAAUGCAGCACAUCCCAUGCCAGCCGCCACACUGACUGACAGUGCUUCGGGACUAGGGCUGCUAUCGGACCAGCAGAGGCAGAUGUUUAUCCAGCAGCAGCAGUUCCAGCAGCUGUUGAACUCCCAGCAGCUCACCCCGCUUACUAUACCAUCUAGGGACAGCACAGCAGGAACUGAAGCAGAGCCACAGGAACAGCAUCAAGCCUUCCUGUAUCAGCUGAUGCAGCAGCAGCACCAUCCACUCGAGCUCCAGCAGCUGCAGCUCCCGGGGCCCACGCAGAUCCCCAUCAACAAUCUCCUUGCAGGUACUCAGGCGCCCCCACUUCACACGGCUACCACCAACCCUUUCCUCACCAUCCAUGGAGACAGCACAAGCCAGAAAGUCACAAGACUUAGUGAUAAAACUGGGCCUGUCACUCAAGAGAAAAGUUGACACUCGAAAAUUGCCAGAACUUGCCUCUCCUGCUGCUUUGUGUUUCAUUGGCUGCUGCAGUGUCUGCCACAGCUAUGAAGAAGGGCGG